AAUAUAAUCUCACUUUUUAAAGCUCCAUUCUUUUCCCUUAUAUAGUUCUAUAUCUCCUACAACUUUGGUCUCCUUCAUGUCUUCUCUCUUCUUUCUCUCUCACUAGACACACAAAUUUUGAGCUAUUUCAAUGGCCCCCAUGACCCUCCCUCCCGGGUUCCGCUUCCACCCGACCGACGAAGAGCUCGUUGCUUACUAUUUGGAUAGAAAGAUCAACGGCCGCUCCAUCGAGCUCGAGAUCAUCCCCGAGAUCGAUCUUUAUAAGUGCGAACCCUGGGAGUUACCUGACAAGUCGUUUUUGCCCAGUAAAGAUAUGGAGUGGUACUUCUAUAGCCCUCGGGAUCGGAAGUAUCCAAAUGGGUCGAGAACGAAUAGGGCGACGAGGGGCGGGUACUGGAAGGCCACUGGGAAAGACAGGGCGGUUCAGUCGCAGAAGCGGGCAGUUGGGAUGAAGAAGACGUUGGUUUAUUACAAAGGGAGAGCUCCUCAUGGCGUUAGAACUAAUUGGGUUAUGCAUGAGUAUCGUCUUCUCCAUUCUCAACUCGCUGGUCCUGUGUCGUCCCCUUCGACAAAGGAUUCUUAUGCACUGUGUCGCGUUUUCAAGAAAGCAACAGUACAAGCACUGAAGGUCGUCGGGGAGAAGGCAAUCGAAGUUGAGGGAGAAGCCCCGAUGUGGCAGACGACAGACGAGCAAGAGAUGGAGAUGCAAGGGGACGAGGGCGGGGGGUUCGAAAAUUUAAGAGGAGGGAUAGAGACCAAUGAAGAUGGUGAUAGCUUCGAUCAACUUCUUCAUGAAUAUAAUCCCAAAAUCUUCAGCUCUGAAAACUCUUCCUCCGAUCUCACGCAAGGGAAUGUCGCCGACGACUUACCCGCUCCGGUGGCCUCCGAUAACGAAGCCAACAGUGCAGCCGAUCAUCUGUAUCCCUCAAAUUUUAUGCAGAUGCAAAGUACUAUUAUCGAUCAUCCGAAUCUCCAUUACCAGCAUCCUUACUAUCCACCAUUGGAGCUCGACGACUUCCCUCAACUGAAUAUAAUUGGGGAGACGAAGACGUUAAUGAAGCCCGAGUUCAUAGACGAAUACAUGAAGUUCGACAAAUUCAGAGAAUCUAUGAAUGGAACCUUAGAGGAGAUUUUGUCUCUCUGUUCUCUUCCAGUUCCCAUGCAAGAAGAUCACGUCCAACCCUCUUCCUUAUUACAGUAACGUAAACUUACACCAAAGAAAUCGCAUCUUCAACUUACGUUUACUGUACAUUAACUACAACAACCAUUCAAAUUUACACAAAAUCAAUCUCCAAAAUAUUGUGUAGAAAGAGAGAUUAUUUUUGUAUGGUGAGAGAGCAGCUGACCAUCAUAACGUUACGUUGCAUUAAAAUUAAACUAUUACACGAUUUCCAUGUAAUGGGUUUUUAGGCAUUUACAUGUGUA